GGUCGGGGUCUCUUGAACCAUUCAGAUAGUCAGAGGAUUGUUGCUGUCUGUGGGUUUCUGUCACAUUCUCUAUGGCUGCUGCUGAAUCGGACUGCAAAGCUCUUUUCUCUCUGGACUCCUACCAUGUCUCUGAAGAGCUUGGCUUCAUCCUCCCUGAUCCUCUGGAAGAGCUUCCGCCUUACUACCAGCCAUGGAUGGAUAUUGCCCUGCGAGUCCCAGAGCUUGUGCAUUCUCAUGAACUCCGCUUCCGUAUUAACAAGAUGCCACUGCUGAGCAGCCAGUUUCUGCAAAAACACAGGGAGUUAAGGCUGGCACACCUUGCCCUCAGCGUGAUGACCAUGGGCUACACAUGGCAGGAGGGAGAGAACAACACAGUUGAGAUGCUACCACAUAACCUGGCUGUCCCAUACUGGGAGGUGUCACAGCGCUUAGGACUUCCCCCAAUCCUCACCCAUGCAGAUGCAGUGCUGGCUAACUGGAGGAAGAAGGAUCCAGAGGGGCCUUUUGACAUGGAGAACCUGGAGCUGCUGGUCAGCCUCCCAGGUGGAGACAGUGUCCGAGGUUUCUUUAUGGUCACUCUGCUGGUGGAGCUGGCAGCAGUCCCUGCACUGAGGAACAUUCCUACUGUGAUCAAUGGUGUCAGGUGUGGUGACACUGAGGCUGUGGCAAGAGCUCUAGAGGAGAUCAGCCAGUCUGUACAGGACAUGACAGAUGCACUCAAACUGAUGCAUGUGUACGUGGAGCCUUCAGUCUUUUAUGGCAUUAUGAGGAUCUACCUGUCAGGGUGGAAAGACAAUACCUGUAUGCCAAGGGGGCUGGUCUAUGAAGGGGUCCAGACAGAGCCAAUGGAGUAUUCAGGUGGGAGUGCUGCACAAAGCAGCCUGCUGCACUGCUUCGAUGAACUUCUGGGAGUAAAACAUAAUGCAAGUAGUGGUGCCUUUCUAACCCGCAUGAGGAACUACAUGCCACCUGCUCACAAGCAGCUGAUCCAGGACAUCUCAUUGCAACCCUCCCUAAAGAGUUUUGUCCAGCAGCAGUCCAGCGAGCGGCUAACCCAGGCCUUUCAGCACUGUGUCACAAAACUGUUGGCUUUGCGCAGCUACCACAUCAACAUUGUUAGCCGCUAUAUCACUGUACCUGCUGCCCGCGCCCGACAACUUCGUGACCACAGCCAGGACUCAGAGGAGGAGAUGAUCAGUAGAGCACCCACAGCAUUAGAGGAGAGGGGCACCGGUGGCUCUGGGAUCAUGACCUUCCUUAAGACUGUGAGGGACCAAACAAAAGACGCCUUCCUGCCUGACACAAGCAACAAAUGAAGUGUCAUCGCUCAAGAUGCACAGAAAACUGUCAACUGCAUCACAUAAACAUGCAGUAAAGAGUACUUAACACACUAUUUUAUAUGCCAUUAAAUGAUGCCUUUUGGCAGAAUGAGAGUGAGAGGCCUCCACGGCUUGUCUUACAUGUAGCUUUGUUGUGUCCGUAAACAAACCUCAGCUUAAUAGACAUGAGUGAUACCCAUCAUUCAGUCCAAACCAUAAUUCAAACCAUUGCUGUUACUCUCUAUUAAAUGCAACCACUAAUUCCUUUUUUAAUCUGAGUUGGAACUCAAAAAAUGCAUCAGAAAUCUGCUCCAGACCAACGUAUCUAAAGGACAUUUGGACAUUAGACAACUGUCAUUACUAAACCCUACUUUUUGGGAAAGUGAUUUUGAAAUUCAGUUCAAAUGUAGUUUAGAUAUAACAAAGAGGGUUUGUCUCCUGUAAUUUGAAAGUGUAGCAGCUAUUUUCUUUCCAGUUUUAUCAUAAAGGUUCUAGGUUAAAAGUAAAAAUAAUAACAGAGAAGUUUUUAGCUGUCAAAAAAAUAUCAUUUGAAAAACUUAAAUACUGCAAUACCUAAUGAAACCAUGGCAGGGCACUAAAGGGCAGCAUUAUAAUUCACACCAAAGAAGAUUUCACAGGGUUUGAAACAAUGGGCAAUACCUGAGUGCACCAAAGGCACACAGGCUGCUGAUUUAGCCUAGUCACAAACAAAAUUCACCUGAUGUAAUAAUAUAUUCAUCAUUAAUAAUAGUCAUUUGAAGAGGUGUGAAAUCCACACUAGCUAAAAUCCUCCUGACACACUUUUAAGCAUUGACAGGUUGGAACCUGACCUUUUCCUCUAAAAUAAUCAGCCUUUGUUGCGUUUUCACCCUACAGUGCGUCCUCACAAUGGGGUUGUCAUGUCGAAGCACAAUGCACAAUACAGUGCAGAGAUGCAUCACUUAUCAGAGUGGUUACCUCAGCACUCCUGCCGUCCUCCUCCAGCCCACAUCCAGCCCUCACAUGCCCCACUAUACUUCCUGGACUGAGAGUGUGGAAACCCCAGAGCAAUGAAGGGAUGGAUUGUGCCAUGAAUGGCUCAAGCUCUGUAAUCUUCACCUUUCCUGGCUCGUCUCCACUGGUGUUUCAUUACAAUAGCAGCCUUGCAAAAUCAGAUAAGGCUGACUAUGUGGCAAUUAGACAUGACAAUUCUCCCCAGCCUGAACGAUCUACUUCAUCAUGCCCUCUUUCUUUUCACAUGAUGGGUAGCAGGGAAGACAAUGGAAGAGCAAAUGAGAGAGAAAAACAAUUACACACACAGGGUAUCAAGAUUUUAGUGUGAAAGACAUUUGUUAAAAGCUUUUGGAGGGAAGUGGAAGGGAGGUAAUUUUAUUCUGAUUGACAUACAGCAAAUACAUAAAAGGUGCAUAACCGAGCAGUCAUUGAGUUGACUCAGACAUGUUUCACACAACCUGUUUGUAAAACAUGACAGGAAGACCUGAGGUGAGGAGGUGAAAGGUGAACAGUAACUACGCAAGGAUGGAGAGAGUUGGGUGGCGAGGAGGACAAACAGUGUGUUCACAAGUCACAGUGAUGUGAUUAGAGCCUUCUUCCACAGCCAAAGCAAAUAAUCCCCUUCCUUAUUGCCUGACUGUGGAGGACUCCCUGACAACCCGGCAGUAAACACAGGCCAUCUCUAAGGAUGUCUUCAUUGUGUAGUUGGGGCUGGGCCUGCUAAAGUUUCACCUCAUAUCACAACAGUGGCUGGUUUCAGUGUAGAACAUGCUAGUGAAUCAUUUGUGCUGUACUGACAAUGCUGUGAGAUGUAUUGCAAAAUAAAAGGCGUCGGUUUCUGUCAUGAUAUGGAAA